AGUUCCUUUCUUACAUUGAACAUCAACAUAAAAGUCAACAGCUGCAAGCAACAAAAUUAGCGCAUGAAGUUUUGUUCUUGAACAUCAUCAUAGAAGUUUUUGUUCUUGAACAUCAACAUAGAAAAACAAAGACAUGAUGACAGAUGAAGAACUGAUACAGAAGCUGGACGAGUCUACCAAAAACGCCCAGCAUCACCAAUUGGAGACUCUCCGUUCAAUCCUUCUUCACAAUGGUAAUGUAAGCUAUCUCAAAUCCUUCAAACACAAAGGGGACCCUUCUGAUCCUGCAACUUUCACAAGGGUUGUGCCUUUGUCCUCCUAUGAAGAUUAUGCUGACUAUAUCAACCAGAUGGCAGAUGGAAAAGAAGACAAUCCUCAUCAUCAUCACCCUCUUCUCUCUGUUGAUCCUCCCCUCUGCUUCUUCUACAGCUCAGGAACAACCUCUAUGAAACCAAAAUUGAUCCCUUACUAUGAUUCAGACCUUUCCAAAGCUGCCUCCUUUAUCGGUCACCGCGGCAGCAUUGCUGUUCAUCAGAGAUUGUUUCCUCCAAAGCCUGAAGUCAACAAGAUCCUCUGGUUUCUCUAUGCUGACAACAUUACUUAUACUAAAUGUGGCCUGAAGGUUAUGGCGGCCUCUACAUAUUAUUUUCAAAGUGGUAGUGCCACCCCUCAGCAACUUGCUGUAUUUUCCAGUCCCUUAGAAGUUAUUCUUGGAUCUCAUGUGGAGCAUCAAGUGUAUUGCCACCUUCUAUGUGGUCUUAGGAAUCUGGAUGUUAUAGAUGGAAUUAUGGCCCCUUAUGCCAUAGGUUUGGUUAAAGCAUAUGGUCUUCUAGAGUCCAAGUGGGAGCAACUAUGUGAUGAUCUUGAACUUGGGAUUCCAAGUUCGGCAAUUUCAGAUGUGGCAAUGAGGGAAGCUGUGAUCAAUAAACUUGGUGGGGCUCAGCCAGAACUUUCAAAAAGAAUAAGGUUAGCUUGUGAAGGUAAAAACUGGGAAGGGAUUAUACCUAGGUUGUGGCCGAAUAUUCGUUAUAUUAGGACUGUAACCACGGGAAGCAUGAAACAGUACUACCAAAAGCUCAAGCACUAUGCAGGAGAGGUUCCUAUUCUAGGAGGAGAUUACUUUGCUUCAGAAUGCACCGUUGGUAUAAAUUUAGACAUACUGCAACCUCCUGAGACAACACGAUUUGUUAUGCUUCCUACUGCUGCCUACUUUGAGUUUCUUCCAUUUGACAUGAAUGAGGAUGUGGAUGAUGAUGCUGGUGAAGAAACAGUAGACCUUAGCAGUGUGGAGGUUGGGAAGAUGUAUGAAGUGGUUGUGACUACUUAUCGAGGAUUCUAUCGCUACCGGUUGGGCGACAUAGUGAGAGUUGUUGGCUUCCAUAAUUCAUCUCCACAAGUGGAAUUUGUGAUGAGGGCACCUAAAAGUCCUUCUGAGAUUCUGACAGAGAAAGACUUGAUUUUAGGAGUUGAAAACUUUCAACUUGCACUGAGUGGUGCUAUGAGAAUUGAGAUUGUUGAGUAUGCAAGUUUCUUGGAUCAGGAGUCAAGGCCAAAGCAGUUGAAUGUGUUUGUGGAAAUCCAAGAUGAGUCUAGUUUUCUGGAGGAUAAAAGGGAGGAAUCAGUUGCCAUUUUCAAAAGUUGUGUUUCCUCUCUUGAGAGUGGAUUCGGGGCUCUGUAUAAGGUGCACAAGGAUAAAGGUCACACAGGGAACUUAGUGAUAUUCAUCAUAAGGCCUGGAGCUUUUGAUCAAUUAUCAGAAUUAGCCAUUAAGAGGGGAGCAUCAGCUAGUCAAUAUAAGCCGCCCAAGAUUAUAAGGAAUUAUGAAGCUGUCAAAUUCUUGAAACAAUUAGCUUUUGUGACAAUAUCACUGGAUGACUAAUAACAUGUGGUGAACAGAUCAAAGCAUGUUUGAAAAUUCUUCUACAGUUGAUUUUAAAGUCAAAAUCAAUUCUGGGAAGAAGCUUCUGUGACUAGCUAGCUUUUGGGAGCCAGAAUUGAUUCUAAGAAAUAAAAAGCGGAUCCAAACAUGCUAUGAAUUUGUAGUAGGACCUUUGUCCUACCCUCUGAAAUUCAACUUUCUUGAGAACUGUUGAUUUCAAUCUAUUCACAUUUAGUAACAUAAUGUCUGCAAGGAGAUUAGUUUCUUUUUAGAAUAAUAAAAAUCUUGAAGAUUGGGAACCA